AUGGAAGCCAAGAGCACCCGCCAGCGCUUGUGCCCUCACAUUGAAGACCGGGACAUUGAGCGCAAAGAAUUCCGCGAUCAGUUCAAUAGAGAACUUGCCGAGCGAAAGUCAUGGGAAGAGCAGUUUCUCGGCGGAGAGCGCAAGACGGAGCGAAAGGCCACGGCAUCAAAGGCUCCUCCUUCUCCUCCGAGCACGCCUGAGCCAGAAGAGCAGAAGAAAGUGCAGCAGAAGGAUGGAUCUACACAGCAGGAGGAUCGAGCAAACAAGCUGCGUGAGCGAUUGGCGGCUGAUAUGCUGGAUCAGGAAAUCAGACAGCACAAGUUUAUGGCUGAAGUAGAGGAGGUUAAAAAUCGACAGGAUGAGCUUUAUGAGCGUAUGGAGGAGCAGCGCAAGAAGAUGGAGGGGGAGGCUUCUGAGGACGAGAGAUAUUAA